AUCAACACACACUUCCAUUUCUCAUUCUUCUUAACAUAGCUAUUUUGAAAUCUAGAGAAAUGGCUGGUGAAACUAAAACAUUGUUUGGUUUGUAUCUUGUUCUCUUGGCUGCAUGCUACAUGCAGCAUUGUGUCAAUGGAGAAUCUCAAGUGCCUUGCCUUUUCAUAUUUGGAGACUCUUUCUCUGACAGUGGAAACAAUAACUAUAUUGAAACCACUGCAAACUCUGAUUACUUGCCUUUUGGUAUCGACUUUCCAACAGGACCAACAGGAAGAGCUACCAAUGGGAGAACCAAAAUUGACAUAAUUGGCGAACUACUUGGAUUUGAGAAAAAGAUUCCACCUUUUGCAAAUACCACUGGUUAUGACAUUCUGAAAGGUGUUAACUACGCAUCUAGUUCGGGUGGAAUUCUUUACGAGACCGGCAAAAAAACUGCGAUUAAUAAUAUCUACUUGGGAUUGCAAUUACAAAAUCACAAAAUUACAGUGUCCAGAAUUGUUGCCGAGCUUGGCGGUUUGGCACAAGCCAAAGAUCAUCUCUCAAAGUGCUUGUAUUAUGUUUAUAUGGGCACCAACGAUUACGCACUAAAUUAUUUCCAACCACAACACUAUUCAACAAGUAAACAGUAUAACCCUACCGAAUAUGCUCAACUUCUUAUUGACCAAUUAUCCAAUUAUCUACAGGUUUUGCAUAACAAUUAUGCAAGAAAACUCGUGCUAGUCGGGUUGGAUAAAAUAGGUUGCUCACCACUUGCCAUUUCUGAUGAAGGGAAACCUAUUGGAUCAUGUGUUGAAGAACAGAAUGAUGCUGCAUUAAUCUAUAGUCAGAAGCUUAGAUCUCUUGUGGAAGACUUCAAUUCCCUAGUUCUUUAUUCCAAAACUAUCUUCAUAAAUACCACGGCUUUAGUCCCUGACAGCUCCGUUGGUUUUACUGUUACAGAUAGAGCUUGCUGUCCCUUAAAAGCUAAUGGAUUCUGUUUCCCUGACUCAAUACCGUGCACUAAUAGAAAUGAAUACGUUUGGUUUGAUGGAAUUCAUCCCACGGAAGCUGUGAACAACUUUGUUGCAUUAGCUGCGUACAACAGCGCUGAUACUCCAGAUGUGACUUAUCCGUUGGAUAUCAACCAACUUGCUCAGUACGUUACUGGAAAGGGGACUUAGUCAGAAUGGUAUCUUUAAAAAAGCUAUGUUUGUUUGCAUGAAAUAAAGAUAAUUUUAAAUUAUCAUGUGUUAGUAAUAAGUUGUCGUUUUUCUUUUCGGUCAAUAAGCAAUUAUAUUGCAUAAGAAUGUCCUAGUCCUUAAUGUUGUCAUAAUGGCUUGGUUUGCUGGUUUGGUUUGAUGUUGGAAUUAUUUCCUUUUCGUUGUAAUAUGGUUAUUAUCUUUAAUGGAUAUGAGUCUCUUUGUGUUUAA